CAAAGAGUAUUAGUCUAAUACUAUUUGCUUCCACUCUAUCUAAUACUCUUAUAACCUAAUAACCCUGUAUAACCCGAGCCAGUAUAAAAGUACGACAAGCGAAUACAAGUUAAUGAUAAGACCGUACGAACUUAACAAUAAAUUGUGGUUAGAGUGCAUGAGUAUUUUAAAAGCCGGUAGCUACAAUAAUCGUUAAAAAUGCAAGUGUGCAGGAAUAUCAUGAGGCCCUUACUCUCGCCGCAUACUUUAUUCAAGUCUGCACCAGCAGCUGGUCUGAAAUCUUUUGAGCCUCCAGUUUCGUUUAACGAAGUUGAAUAUCCUGCUCGUCAGAAACUCAAAAUUAUACAUAAAGUACCUCAGUAUCCACCUAGUAUUCGUCCUUACAAAACCCAGAAACGUUUGAGAUUGAUGCGUGGUCCUGAAUUGUUUCAUAAUACUCUUUUACACAAGCAGUAUGGUAUAAUUGCAUUGGCUGGAGGCAGAAUGAAAUAUUGUCAUUUUGAAAUGAUAAGAUUUACAUUAUUGAAAAGGUUUGAUUUUAAGACAGGAUUUGCAAUUUGGCGAGUACCAGAAAUUUGGCAACCAAUUUCUAAGAAGAGUCAAGGAGCGCGCAUGGGAGGCGGUAAAGGUAGCAUCGAUCAUUAUGUCACACCAGUAAAAGCCAACCAAGUCAUCGUAGAAGUUGGAGGACCAUUUGAAUAUUUUGAAGUUCGAAAACUUCUAACAAACAUAGCGAAUAAGCUACCUUUUCGUGCUAUAGCGGUCAGCCAAGAAUUAAUGGAGCGCCAAGUAGAAGAAAAGAAGAAAUUUAAGGAAGAAAAUCAAAAUCCUUUUGAUUGGAAAUACAUCAUUCAAAAUAAUAUAUUUGGUUGCCAUAUGUGGAUAUCGAAAUACGACAGAAUGUGGUACAACGAAUAUUUGUAAAUUUCAUGGCUGUCCAUUGUAAAUAUAUAGAAAUUAAACAAUUAAUUAAGAUGGGAA